AUGGCGUACAACAGAUACAGAUAUGGGCCACCGGCCCUCAAAAGCAGCGUCGACGUGCAACUGCAGUCUGCGUUUAGUGAUGGGAACUGGUCCGCCGUCAUUCGGCUUGCUGCAAAACGCUUUGCGACUCUCAAGGACCCUUAUUAUGAGGCUAUCAGAGUCUCUACUGAGGCCCAACUACAGGGCACUGCCGAGAAAUGUGCCGUACUCGUCCAUGUCGACGAGUUGGUCAGGAGCAAGAAGACCCCUGAUAUCGACACCCUCGACCUGUAUGAGUGGGCCUGUCAGGACUUCAUAGGUUAUGAGAUCGACUUUGCCGAGACAUUUGGCCCUUUGAGAGCACGAUGGGUCAAGGCAAACGCCAGCAGUCCAAUGGCCUCAUCUUGUCUUCAGGGUUGUUUGGAACAGUGGGAUCUUGUCAGCGCUCAGCAGAUUGCAGCGACCUUGGACAAGACCUAUGCCAACACGACUGACCGCCGGUACAUGUUUUGGAACAUCACUUUGACAUUCCUCCUUUCAAUUAGCCCACAGUGCACUGAAGCCAGUCGCAAAGUGUACAGCCUUUUGACAGUCAGACAGCUCCAAAAGGCAGCUGAUAUCACGGAAAAUUCCGAGAAACUCGAAAAGACAGACAGAGGUCUUCUCACAGAAGAGGAGGUCUGCCUCUACUACCGCGUGUUAUUGAGUCAUGGCACCAAGGAGGAGUUUCUGGCCCGCCUCAGAAGCCCCAAACUGGGUGCCAUCAGUCAACUCAAACAGGGACACAAGCUUCUUUUCUGCGAGUGUCUCGAUGCUUUGGAAACUUGGGGUGAAUGGGACACCAUCUACGAGCUCUGCCGUGAUGCUCUGAAGUUGGGUCUCGACGGUUCCACCACACCAUUCUUCGUCUGCGAUUUGAGGAUAUGGAAGAUGUUUGUUUCUAGGGCUCUCGAUGAAGUACAAGAGGUCCUCAAACAGUUCAUCGAGCUCAAGGACAAAGCUACCCCCAUGUACAAAAAGAACAUCAGCCUGGCGCUGCUCGAAACGACCUUCAAGUUGCCUUCAACCACGAUCAACCCCGACCACGAAGACACAGCUCUGUCGCCAAAGGUCGUUCAAAUAGGGCUUUUCCUCGAUCAGUAUUACGAGAGAUUUGCCGCUUUUGAUGACGUCAAAGGCUAUGUGGCUGAGCUGGGAUAUGAAGAGGCAAAGACAUUCUUGGAGGAUGUGUUGCCCAAAAUUCCAGGCGAGAAUCCCACCAAGGCUCAGCAGAUCAUCAUCAAGGCCCUCGAAUGCAGGCUGCGCUACACUCUCACCACCUGCCCACAAACACUUUCUCCCCAUCCAACCGUGGUGGAGGGAACAGACCAAGGAAAGCCCUUCCAAUGCCGCGUUUGCUCCAACUUGGCCAAGAGCCCAUGCGAAGGAUGCUUGAGGAAGCUGAUCAUCGAUGCCGCUGACGCACACAGACAAAUAACUUCUGAUAAGGAGCUCUUGGCUGCUAUUCCCAAACUGGACCGAGACCCCCGACUUGAUUUGGCCCUUGUGAUGGGAAAUUCUCUGCUCAAACUGUCGGGACUGCGGCCUGGGCUGCCGAAUUUCGGUCAGUCGUUAUGGCAGGAUGUCCAGCCUGAUAUUUUGCUGCAGGCUGUUUUGCUUCUCGACACGCAGCUGAAAGUGACACCAAAUGACAAUGGAUUGCGGCUGUUGCUGGUGCAGCUUUACCUCCUUUUCGGCUGCGCCUCCUACGCACACCAGCUCUGGGCUCCCCUUGACGUCAAGCGGACGAUUCAGGACGCCCUGAGCCCGUUGUUCUUUGAUAGGAUAUCCAGCAUCUCGCCAGGGUUGUUUCAGGGAACUCGGCCCCUGAUGGAACCGCUGCGUGCUUAUUACACGCAAAGUCUGCGGGAUCCUAGCCCGGUGAGAAUUUGGGAUGCCUUUUCGUCUGGUAGCUACACGAGUAUUCUUGACAUGGCCGAGUAUGACAAGAAGCUGCGCACCAGCUGCACUCUUGUGAUGACACUGGUAGAGGAAAGGCGCGCCACCAGGCUUUUUGGUGGCAAGCUUGAUGUUGACAUUGAUGAUCACAUUCUCGCGAGUGAGUCCCCAGCCGAUAUCGUGGAGGACACCACCCUUGUUCACAAGACCGACUACGGCUCCUUCCCCAGCCUUGAAAGUGCCAACGGGCCCCCGAUUCAAGAGUUCAUCCGCCUCGGCCCAGGUCCUUCUCAAUACCUCGACCUCCUCACCUACACCCCACCAAAAGAUUACAAACCCUCUAAAGCCGCCGAAGCCGCCGCCCGGGACAAGGCCUAUGCCCUCGAAACGCUCACCCGCAUCAACACCUCCCUCACUGACCUCCUUCACAAGCCCAGCACCCCCAAACUCUUGACUCCUGCCGAAACAAACUACUACACCGCUUUAUCUCUUCUCUCCGCCCUCGUUCUCACAGCCAUCUCCCUCCCCAAAUCAGAAACCUCUGUUCCAAAGAUCGUCUCUCAAACAACGCAACCCCUCAAAACAACCCUCACGACCCUCCGCACGGGGUUGUUAUCGCCCAAGUCGACCGUUCCCGCCACAACCCAGCAGGCGAUCUCCUCGCUCUGUGACAUGCCCUCUUUUGCCUCGGUACGUGAUGUCGCUUUUGCUGUCAAGCUCUCCGCGGCGUUUGUCCUCUCCCACCACGAGAAGGAGACAGCAAGGGACAAGUCUGGCAAGUCGGGGCUGCACAAGGAAGUUGUCGCUGAGAUGAAGGCUUUGGAGUCGGCGGCGGCAAAGACGCUGGGGGAGGCCAAGGGUCAUGUUGGGGUGCUGAAGGGGGUGAUGAAUGAGAGUGGGUGGUUGGAUAAGUUGUUGGAUGUUGUUUUGGGGGAGGAGGACAGGGAGAUGGGGGAGUUGACAGAGAAAGUGAGCGAGAUUGUGGAGGGGAGGGGAGGGGCCGAGGAGUGGGCUGGGAAGGUGGUUGAUGGCUGGAGGGAGGGGGUGAAGGGGUGGGGGAUGGUGAAGUUUGAGUAA